CUUCGACUGCGCUAGUUUGUAUAUGACCGAUACCAGAUACGACAAUUGUGCCGGUAUCAUUGAAGUUACACCAGCUUCUUCCAGUACAGACUGCGUAAGCGGAUAUUGUGCUUUCGUUAGAUGUAUAAGAAGAGUAAACUCUGACUUAUUGAUAGCUCGUUGCUACACUGAAGCCAGUGCGGAUAAUCCAGCAGAUCUGGAAGAAGAACAAAUAAUUCUUUACAAGAACAUAACGUCUUGCAUUUUAGCAAUAUCCCGUUGCUCAGCUAUAAAUCCCAUUACCGGGCAAAGUCAAACAAAUACUAUUACAUCAACUACCUACGGAAAACUGGGAUUACCUAUGACUACAACAGUUCCUCUAUACAAUACCCUUCAAAUAAACGAAGCUGGUGAUCUAAGAAUCGUAACUUUUCCUGGAACGACUACUAUACAGAAAUAUCUCUGUCCGUACGAAUUCAAUUUGAGAGAAACGUCCUGGAUGGAUUUCAUGUGUUAAGUAUAAAAAUAGAGCUACUGAGAAUGCUGAAUUUAUUUUCAUACAGAUUCGUUUUAAAUUUUUACUUACAAAUUUGUUACACCUCCAUUCAUCCCUAACCUACAAUUCUUUGUAUCUCUUACAAAUGCAGUUAGUUAUAUAUCAUCACUUGCAGUCAGUACAACAUGAGGAUGAUUUUAAAUAAAAUUAAAAGAAACA